AUGACAGAUAAUUCUCCACCUAAAGGGCCAAAGCCUAAUUAAAAAUCAACUUUGCAUAACUUCUACCAGAAAAUUAAAGAUGAUAAGAGUCUUCCUGUAAGGAAAAUACUUGAGUCAUAUUUCAAGAAAAAUAAUAUUGCAGAAUGUUAAACCAGAGAAGAAUAAGGAUAAGCCUUAUAAAACUUAAUGACAUUAAUGGAAGCAAAAUUCCAAGAUAUAUUUUAAGAAACUGAUGAGAAUGAAAUAGAGCUCAAUGGUGAAGGAAUUGAAGCUAUAGUCACUAAGAAUUUUUAUGAAAGAAUUUUUAACACUCCAGAAGAACAUGAUACCAAUAAAUAAGUUUGUGAGAGUAUCAAUAUUCAUUAGAAAUUUUUGAAACCUGAGCACCUUGAAAUCUAAGAAAAUAGAAUCAUUGCAGAAAGGCUUUAAAGAGCAUGUUUAAAUCUAUAAGCGAUGGGGAGUAAUAAGCUUCCAAGAGGAAAGCUUAAUUUUGCCAUUAACUUUUGUCAUGAAAUUUCAAAAAUGUUAGCUGAAUCAGCAAAAGAUGGUAUGCCAGAUGGAGCUGAUACAUUUUUACCAAUGGUAAAUUACAGCUUACUUUAGCUACCAGAGGAUGCAGCAAUUUAAUUAUUCUCUAAUAUGGAAUACAUAAGAUUAUUCAGGCAUUCUAACAGACUUUAAGGUCAAGAUGAUUACUACUUGACUACACUAUCCUCUACAAUAGAAUUUAUCUCAAAUUUAAGCGCCAAAGAUCUCAAGAUAGAUCCUGAUUAUUAUAAUGAGUAGUACAAUUUUUAUAAGGCAUAAUUAAGCUAAGAAACAAUAAAUGAAGAAAUACCUAAGCAGGAGGAGGCUGAUUUAUUAGAAAUUAAUACUGACACAGCAAACGUAAAAUAAGUGGAAGAGUUUCUUUCUAGCUAAGUUUAACUUAAUUCAGAUGCUUAGCCUGAUAGUCAAUUAAAUUCUGAUCAUGUGGCUAAAAUAGAAACUUUGAAUGGUUAAAUAAUGGAUUUGAGUUAAUAAAAUGAAUAGCUGCUUACUGAAAAUAUAAGCAUAAAAUAGCUAUUGAAUAAAUUUAUGGAAGAAACUUAUCGAUUUAAAAAUGAGGAGUUUGAAGAAUAAUCAGUCAAUAAGUUAAGACUAGUGUUUAAUUCAUGCAAAGAACUUAUUCAAAGUUUAGAGCUACAUAUAAAUUAAGAAAGUAAUCAAAGUGAGAAUUUGAUAUAAUUAGACAAUGCUUCAUUAAAACAAUCUCCAUUGAGAUUCAACUUAGAAAAGUAGUGA